AAGGAAAGACGGCUGUUAACUUGUUUCCUCUACAGAUGAAGGUGUGGACUCUGCUAUGAGUCAGUGUGAGGACAGAGAGGAGGGAGUCCCUCCCCCUAAACCCUCUCUGUGUGGGGACCAUGACAGCCAGACCAAAGCUCAGAGCCCAGACAAGCAGCACGGACCUGGAUCUGGACCUGUACCUGGACCCAGAUCCAGACCCAGCUGUUUGUCCUUCAAGAGUGACCGUUCAAAGGAUUUUUGUGUUACUUUUAAAUAUGAUGAAAAGAUCCAUAAGGGAUCAGACUGCCCUGGACCUGUACCCAGCUGUGUGUCCAUGAAGAGUGACCGGUCUAUGGGUUGUCCUCUUACACUCUUCAAAGAUGGACGCCAGUCUGUUGAUCAAAGGACGAAUCUGGAAGAACCUGAACCCAGCUGUGUGUCCGUAAAGAGUGACUGGUCUAUGAGUCAACCUUUAUACUUCAAAGAUGGAUGCCACUCUGUUGAUCAAAGAGUGGACCAGGAGAGUUCAGAGGCUCCCAGUGGACAGUCUGCCCAGCAGCAUCAAACCCACUUGGACUCCAUCUUUAAGCUGCUGGAGGAUGAAAUCGUCACUUUUGUGAAGAACGAGCUGAGAAAGAUCCAGAAGGUUCUGAGUCCAGAUUACCCAGAAUGCUUAGAGAGUCCGAGAAAGUAUGAGGAGAUGUCGGCCCAUGAGGAUGAAGAGCAGAGGAGGAACCGCAGAGAGGCAUUUCUGAAGAUCACACUGUACUUCCUGAGGAGAAUGAAGCAGGAUGAGCUGGCUGACCGUCUGCAGAGCAGAAGUUAUUGUGGUGUUUGUAAGUGUAAACUCAAAUGUAACCAGCAGAAGAAGUUCCAAUGUGUGUUUGAGGGGAUUCCUAAAGCAGGAAACCCAACCCCUCUGAAUCAGAUGUUCACAGAGAUCUACCUCGUGGAGGGAGGGGCUGCAGAGGUUAAUGAUGAACAUGAGGUCAGACAGAUUGAAACAGCAUCCAGGAAACCAGACAGACAAGAAACAACAAUCAGACAAGAAGACAUCUUUAAAACCCCACCUGGAAGAGAUAAAUCAAUCCGAACAGUGAUGACAAAGGGUGUGGCUGGCAUCGGGAAAACAGUCUUAACACAGAAGUUCACUCUGGACUGGGCUGAAGGCAAAGCCAACCAGGACAUCCAGUUCACAUUCCCAUUCACCUUCAGAGAGCUGAAUGUGCUGAAAGAGAGAAAGUUCAGCUUGGUGGAACUUGUUGAUUACUUCUUUAGUGAAACCAAAGAAGCAGGAAUCUGCCGAUUUGAAGAGGUCGUGUUCAUUUUUGAUGGUCUAGAUGAGUGUCGACUGCCUCUGGACUUCCUCAACACUGAGAUCCUGACUGAUGUUACAGAGUCCACCUCAGUGGAUGUGCUGCUGAUAAACCUCAUCAGGGGGAAACUGCUUCCCUCUGCUCGCCUCUGGAUAACCACACGACCUGCAGCAGCCAAUCAAAUCCCCCCUGGGUGUGUUGACAUGGUGACAGAGGUUAGAGGGUUCACUGAUGCUCAGAAGGACAAAUACUUCAGGAAGAGAUUCAGAGAUGAGGAGCAGGCCAGCAGAAUCAUCUCCCACAUCAAGAGAUCACGAAGCCUCCACAUAAUGUGCCACAUCCCAGUAUUCUGCUGGAUCACUGCUACAGUUUUGGAGGACGUGUUGAAGACCAGAGAGGAAGGAGAGCUGCCCUGGACCUUGACUGAGUUGUACAUCCACUUCCUGGUGGUUCAGUCCAAAAUGAAGAACAUCAAAUAUGAUGGAGGAGCUGAGACAGAUCCACACUGGAGUUCAGAGAGCAGGAAGAUUAUUGAGUGUCUAGGAAAACUGGCUUUUGAGCAGCUGCAAAAAGGCAACCUGAUCUUCUAUGAAUCAGACCUAGCAGAGUGUGGCAUCGAUAUUACUACAGCCUCAGUGUACUCAGGAGUGUUCACACAGAUCUUUAAAGAGGAGCGAGGACUGUACCAGGACAAGGUGUUCUGCUUUGUCCAUCUGAGUGUUCAGGAGUUUCUGGCUGCUCUUCAUGUCCAUCUGACAUGCAACAACUCUGGAGUCAACCUGCUAGCAGAAGAACACAAAACAUCCAAGCUGUCUAAAUUCUUCAGAGACAAACAAAGUUUCUAUCGGAGUGCUGUGGACAAGGCCUUACAAAGUCCAAAUGGACAUCUGGACUUGUUCCUCCGCUUCUUCUUGGGUCUUUCACUGCAGACCAAUCAGAGUCUCCUACGAGGUCUGAUGACACGUACAGGAAGUAGCUCAAAGACUAAUCAGAAAACUGUGGAGUACAUCAAAAAGAUGCACAGUGAGAAUCUGUCUGUAGAGAGAAGCAUCAACCUGUUCCACUGUCUGAAUGAACUGAAUGAUCGUUCUCUAGUGGAGCAGAUCCAACAGUUCCUGAGCUCAGGAAGUCUCUCAAAAGAAAAACUGUCUCCUGCUCAAUGGUCAGCUCUGGUCUUCAUCUUAUUGUCAUCAGAAGAAGAUCUGGACGUGUUUGACCUGAAGAAUUACUCUGCUUCAGAGGAGGCUCUUCUGAGGCUUCUGCCAGUGGUCAAAGCCUCCAACAAAGCUCUGUACAUGCACACACAGCUAUACAGAUUAAAUGGAGUUUUCUUUAUUAUCAAACAAAUUAGUUGUAAUUGUUUUCUCAUAUUUUACUUUUUAUCUUUUAGGCUGAGUGUCUGUAAGCUGUCAAAGAGAAGCUUUGAAGCUCUGUCCUCAGUUCUCAGCUCCCAGUCCUCUAUUCUGAGAGAGCUGGACCUGAGUAACAGCAACCUGCAGAAUUCAGGCGUGGAGCUGUUGUCUACUGGACUAAUCAGCCCAAACUGUACACUGGAAACUCUUAGACUAAGUGGCUGUAAGUUGUCAAAGAGAAGCUGUGAAGCUCUGUCCCAAGUUCUCAGCUCCCAGUCCUCUAGUCUGAGAGAGCUUGACCUGAGUAACAACAGCCUACAGGAUUCAGGAGUGAAGCUGGUGUCCUCUGGACUGAAGAGUCUACACUGUAGACUGGAUACCCUCAGGUUAAGUAGCUGUAACCUGUCAGAGAGAAGCUGUGAAGCUCUGUCUUCAGUUCUCAGCUCUCAGUCCUCUAGUCUGAGAGAGCUGGACCUGAGUAUCAACAACCUAAAGGAUUCAGGAGUGGAGCUGGUGUCUCCUGGACUAAACAGUCCAAAUUGCAGACUGGGAACUCUAAGGUUAAAUAGCUGUAAGCUGUCGAAGAGAAGUUGUAAAGCUCUGUCCUCAGUUCUCAGCUCCCAGUCCUCUAGUCUGAGAGAGCUGGACCUGAGUAACAACAACCUGCAGGAUUCAGGACUGGAGCUGGUGUCAGCUGGACUGAAUAGUCUACACUGCAGACUGGAAACUCUCAGACUAUGUGGUUGUAACCUGUCAGAGAGAAGCUGUGGAGAUCUGUCCUCAGUUCUCAGCUCCCACUCCUCUAGUCUGAGAGAGCUGGACCUGAGUAACAACGAACUACAGGAUUCAGGAGUGAAGCUGGUGUCUCCUGGACUAAAGAGUCCACACUGCAGACUGGGAACUCUCAGUCUGUCAGGCUGUCUGGUCUCAGAGAAAGGCUGUACUUCUCUGGUCUCAGCUCUGAGCUCCAACCAUUCCCAUCUGAGAGUGCUGGACCUGAGCUACAAUCAUCCAGGAGACUCAGGAGUGAAGCUGCUGUCAGCUGGACUUAAGAAUCCACACUGGAGACUGGACACUCUCAAGACGGACCAUGGUGGACCACAGAGACUGAGACCUGGUGUGAGGAAGUAUGUCUGUGAACUGGAACUGGACACAAACACAGUACACAGAGGACUCAAACUGUCUGACAACAACAGGAAGGUGACAGGUGUGAGAGAGGAUCAGUCAUAUCCUGAUCAUCCAGAGAGGUUUGACUGCUGGUCUCAGCUGCUGUGUAGAGAUGGUCUGACUGGUCGCUGUUACUGGGAGGUUGAGAGGAGAGGUAGGGUUGAAAUAUCAUUGAGUUACAGAGGAAUUAGAAGGAGAGGAGAUAGUGAAGACUGUUGGUUUGGAGGAAAUGAUCAGUCCUGGAGUCUGUUCUGCUCUGAUGACGGUUACUCUGUCCGGCACAAUAAGAGAGUAACAGCCCUCACUUCCUCCUCUGUCUCUAACAGAGUAGCAGUGUAUGUGGACUGUCCUGCUGGCUCGCUGUCCUUCUACACAGUCUUCUCUGACUCACUGAUCCACCUCCACACCGUCUACACCACAUUCACUGAGCCUCUCUAUCCUGGGUUUGGAGUCUGGUUACCUGGUUCCUCUGUGUCUCUGUGUCCUCUGCAGGACUGAGAGUCUCUGCUGUGGACAGAAACCCUGACUGAAGAUUAGCUGCUGAAAUCACAGUUCAGUCUGUUCAACAUCACACACUCUGCACUGUGAAGCAGAUCUGUCUCAGACUCAAACACUAAACAGCCAUUUGUCUGAUUUCAUCUCCUUGAUUGUUAACAUUUUAACAGUUUAACU